UUGUCAGAUCCUAACAAAUAAAGCAAUGACACAGUAUUAAAUAAUAAUUGCCAUUUUUCGAUUUUUCUCUCUACAUUGAAAGUCAAAAGUUUAAAAACAAUCAAAAUUCAUUUGGGACAUUUUCAGGCGAACAUUGUUGACCGAUAUCUAUUCUUUCUCUACCUUUUUGACGGAUAUUUACCUGUGAAAAAAUUUGUCAGAAUUUCGUCAACCGAAGAAGGAUUCCAACAGGCUCGACUCGCCCUAGCAUAUGUUCAGUUGAUAUUUGGUAUAAUCUAUUCAAGAUUUUAUCUUCGAUUGUACAGGAUUUAUCGGAAAAUUCGAUGCUACUUUGAGUACUUCCUUUCGCCUGUCUUCAAAGAAAUACGGUCGAUAUACAGGCCCAAGAGCAAGAAGAGUCGGCGUAGUAGAAGCAAACGGCGUUGGUGCUUUUGUUAGAUUUACUGACCUUCAUCAUUGUAAAUCUGCUGAAAAUACUCCGAAAAAAUAUGGCAACAAAAACAGCUCUUAUCCUAGCCACGCUCAUACAUAUCCUUCUGCGAGUAUCGAUAUUCAUUGAACAGCCUACGAAUAACUGCUCCAGCGCUCCAACUUUGGCAAGCCUGAUAUAUCUGGCGUCAACACUAAUGGUGAUCUAUGACUACAACAUCUACCCGAAAAGAUACACCAACAUCCCGGUGCCUUGUCAAAGGUUCGCCGAAGUGGUGAUGAUCCUUCUUCUCAUCGAGUUUAGUACUGUCGUAGUUUGGUGCAGUUUAGAGAGGACCUUCCACCGCCUCCUCAAGUGCAUUCUUUUGGAGAAGUCCUCGAAUAUGUACUACGAUAUGGGCGGUGACUUCCUCACGGGGGGUAUGUUGAUCUUUUGUAGUAUUUUCGUUUUCGUAAAUACUGCCUUGGCUACGGAUUUUUAUUAUUCGACAAAAAGGAAGCUGCUUUCUUCCUACAGGAAGUUGGUUGAGAAAGUAAAAAGAAUGUGGGGCAACCUGCCGUUGUGCUAUGAGAAGAAGCCAGUUUGUUGUCCGCCAGUGGAUGCUGAACCGAAAGAUGAUCCAUGCAGAUAUCCGAUGCAGACAAGACGUCGGACAACUGCAAAUUGCUCUUAUAGGAACCAUUGAAAUCGGGACUGGAUGACUGUACUUGGGCGGAUUGAAAGGUUUUAAAUUUUACGUUUACUUGUCCUUGUGUAUGUUGAAUGUGACUUUGUGGGUUAGAAUAAGUGUUUUGAUACAUGAACUGUAUUUUUUAAUAAUUUAAAUAAUAAACACGUGAAUAAACU